UGGGGGGGAGGUUAGUGGUGCGUUUGAGGGCGGUGAGGCGGUGCCUUCCCGAGCCUCCUUUCACUAUCUCUGCGGCGCAGCGAGCUCCUUGGAACAGAAAUGGCGGAGGGGGAGUUGGACGUCGACUCGUUGAUUUCCAGGCUUUUGGAGGUGCGAGGAUGUCGUCCGGGGAAGAUCGUGCAGAUGACGGAGGCUGAGGUGCGCGGACUCUGCAUCAAGUCCCGCGAGAUCUUCCUCAGUCAGCCAAUCCUUCUAGAACUGGAGGCGCCGCUCAAAAUCUGUGGUGACAUUCACGGGCAGUACACAGACCUACUGAGACUGUUCGAGUACGGCGGCUUCCCUCCAGAGGCUAACUACCUAUUCCUCGGCGACUACGUGGACAGAGGAAAGCAGUCGCUGGAGACCAUCUGCCUGCUGCUGGCCUACAAGAUCAAGUACCCCGAGAACUUCUUCCUGCUUCGAGGCAACCAUGAGUGCGCCUCCAUCAACCGCAUCUACGGCUUUUAUGACGAGUGUAAACGCAGGUUCAACAUCAAGUUGUGGAAGACGUUCACCGACUGCUUCAACUGUCUCCCCAUCGCCGCCAUCGUGGACGAGAAGAUCUUUUGCUGUCACGGAGGUCUCUCCCCGGACCUGCAGUCUAUGGAGCAAAUCAGACGUAUCAUGAGACCAACAGAUGUGCCAGACACAGGCCUUCUGUGCGACCUGCUGUGGUCAGACCCCGACAAGGAUGUGCAGGGCUGGGGCGAAAACGACCGCGGUGUCUCUUUCACGUUUGGAGCCGAUGUGGUCAGCAAGUUCCUCAACCGGCACGACCUGGACCUCAUCUGUAGAGCCCACCAGGUGGUAGAAGACGGUUACGAGUUCUUCGCCAAGAGGCAGCUGGUGACGCUCUUCUCCGCCCCGAACUACUGUGGCGAAUUCGACAAUGCCGGGGGCAUGAUGAGCGUGGACGAGACCCUCAUGUGCUCUUUCCAGAUUCUGAAGCCCUCUGAGAAGAAAGCCAAGUACCAAUAUGGCGGCAUGAACGCAGGUCGGCCCGUCACUCCUCCCCGCACAGCCCAACCACCCAAGAAGCGAUGAAGGAGGACAGAAGAACUGUUGACAUGCUCUUUUCUCAGCUUUUUGCAGAACACCAAGCGAUCAAUUUUACUUACUCUUCUUUCUUAUCCCCCAAACUGAACUGCUGCCACUCUCGUCGUCUGUUCGCCCUAUAACCUUCAAACAUUAAAGUGUUUUAAAAAACAAC